AUGUCGCUCCACCAGCGGCCGCACCAGAAGCUGCCGGCAGCGGGCGACUCUCUCCCCGUCUCCUCCCCCACCGCCGCCACCGCCCCCUCCCGCCCGCACCACCUCCUCACACUCCCCUACCUCUUCUCCCUCCUUGCGGUUCUCCUCUUCGCUGCCCUCCUCCUCCCCUGGGGUCCAGCAGCGCGCCCUCCCUCGCCCCCGUGGCGCUCCUACACCCUCCAGGAGGCCGCCGCCUUCGCCGCCGCAGCGGGAAACGGCACCGUGCUCCUCGCCGCUGUCUCCGGACCGUACCUCCCCUUCCUCUCCAAUUGGCUCAUCAGCGUCCGUCGCGCCGGCCGCGCGGAUCAGGUGCUCGUUAUCGCCGAGGACUACGAAACCCUCGACCGCAUCAAUGCCGCCUGGCCAGGACACGCCGUCCUUGUGCCCCCCGCGCCCGAUGCCCAGACCGCCCACAAAUUUGGAUCCCAGGGUUUCUUCAACUUCACCUCGCGCCGGCCACGGCACCUGCUGCAGAUUCUUGAGCUUGGGUACAGCGUCAUGUACAACGAUGUUGACAUGGUGUGGCUUGCCGACCCGUUCCCUUACGUCGUCGAGAAUCACGACGUGUACUUCAUGGACGAUAUGACUCCUGUGAAACCACUUGAUCAUUCACAUGAGCUGCCACCACCGGGGAAGAAAGGGCGGACUUAUAUUUGCAGCUGCAUGAUUUUCCUCAGGCCAACUGAAGGUGCCAAGCUCCUGUUAAGGAAGUGGAUCGUGGAGCUUAAGGAGCAGCCUUGGUCGAAGCAGAGGAAGUCAAAUGAUCAGCCAGCAUUCAACUGGGCUUUGAACAAGACUGCUGGGCAGGCCUUGGCGGCGAGCCUUCCGGUGGCUGUAGAAGUUGAGCUCGUGGGCAUCCCUGCCCAUGCUUGGAAUUUGGCGACCGCUGAAGUUCUUUUGGACGAGCUCUGCUGGAUUGAUGGACUGCACCCGGGCAAUACUGAUCGACGCGAUGUGUUCAUGGUGAAGGCUUGGUGCUCCGAUCCCGCUCUCUUCCCCCCUGAGAUGACGCUGGAGAUCGUGGAGCCCCCUCUGGCGCGUGGUUCCGACGUGAGGACGUUAACCUACCCCAUCAAGGUCACGGCCGCGGCGCCGGGCGAAGCUACGUCCUCCGGCCAGGCUGGCAGGGCCUCGGUCCACGCAAGGUUGGGCUCUCGAGUCCAUGAGGCGGCCGGGGAUCCCUCCUCAACUGUCGUGCUCGACAUUGAUGAUUGGUCGGCCAUGUCUGCUGAGGCCUCGCGACGUGAUGUUGCUUCGCGUGGUUCCGAUGCAGACCGCACUAGAACCAAGGAGACCGUGACUGCGGACGAUGCCGUUAUCGCGGGGCUGUUGCUCGAGGGCUCCUGCACGUGUGCAGAUGUGUUUAAGGAGAGCGUUGCCGCUGAUACGGCGGUGGAAGGCAAAAGAGAUACUGAUGUCAGGCGGAUUGAUGACAGGCCACGGUUUGAGAUCCCUCUGCAACUCUCCUAUGGGCCUUCGAUGCGUCCUGCUGAACGAGGAGAAUCUAAUGGGCCUCGGGCUGAUGAUCUCUCCGGGGGACCUCAGUUGGAGGCAUCUGGGCCGCCUCCCCUCUCCUCCCUGGAUGGACUGAACGAGGCCGAUGUGGUGGUUGAGUCUAACGCCCCCACCUCUGCUGGCCCAGAUAUGUUGAUCGAGCCUCAUGUCUCUGUGCCUCCGGCCGAGACUUCGUCUCCCUCCCCGCGGCCGCCGUCCUCUGAUUGCUCCUCCCUGCGACCGCGGCCAGCUAGCUUGGCGCACACUUCCACUGCAGCUCCCUCCUCCCCGAAAUCGCCACACCCCGCCACUGCUGCUACUUCCUCCUCGAACUUGCCACUCCUGGCCACUGCCGCUCCUACCCCCUUGAACUCCUCAUCUGUGGCCCUGCCGGCGGCUGCUGCUUUGUAG